GAUUGAUUUCAAAUUUCAGGAUUUCAGACGAGUUAGUAUGACUGUCUCAGUAAAUGUUUCUCGUUUCGAGGGUGUUACCAUGGCUCCUCCGGAUCCAAUUCUUGGGGUUUCCGAGGCAUUCAGAGCUGACACAAAUGACCUGAAACUUAAUCUUGGUGUGGGAGCUUACAGGACAGAAGAACUUCAACCAUAUGUGCUAAAUGUAGUUAAAAAGGCAGAAAAGCUUAUGCUGGAAAGAGGAGAAAACAAGGAGUAUCUUCCUAUUGAAGGUUUGGCUGCAUUUAAUAAGGUUACUGCAGAACUAUUAUUUGGAGCAGAUAAUUCUGUUAUCCAGGAAGGAAGGGUUGCUACCAUUCAAGGACUUUCAGGGACUGGUUCUCUUCGGCUUGCAGCAGCUUUUAUACAACGAUAUUUUCCUGAUGCAAAAGCUUUGAUAUCCUCUCCAACUUGGGGUAAUCACAAGAACAUUUUCAAUGAUGCUAGGGUUCCCUGGUCUGAAUAUCGAUAUUAUGAUCCUAGGACAGUUGGGUUGGACUUUGAUGGAAUGGUAGCCGAUAUUAAGGCUGCACCAGAUGGAUCUUUUGUCCUGUUACAUGGAUGUGCACACAAUCCAACAGGAAUUGAUCCAACUCCUGAGCAGUGGGAAAAGAUUGCUGAUGUCAUUCAAGAGAAGAAUCACAUCCCUUUCUUUGAUGUUGCAUACCAGGGUUUUGCUAGUGGAAGCCUUGAUGCAGAUGCAUACUCUGUUAGGCUGUUUGUCAAACGUGGUUUCGAGCUUCUGGUUGCUCAGUCUUACAGUAAAAAUUUAGGUUUGUAUGCAGAAAGGAUUGGAGCCAUUAAUGUUGUUUGCUCAUCUUCAGAUGCUGGUACAAGGGUGAAAAGCCAACUGAAAAGGCUAGCCCGGCCUAUGUAUUCAAAUCCUCCUGUUCAUGGUGCUAGAAUAGUUGCCAAUGUUGUUGGAGACCCAAAUCUUUUUAAUGAAUGGAAACAAGAGAUGGAACUAAUGGCUGGUCGAAUAAAGAAUGUAAGGCAGAGACUCUAUGAGAAUCUCUCUCAGAAAGAUAAAAGCGGGAAGGAUUGGUCUUUUGUCCUCAAGCAAAUCGGCAUGUUCUCAUAUACUGGUUUGCACAAAGCACAGAGCGACCAUAUGACGGACAAAUGGCACAUUUACAUGACAAAGGAUGGAAGAAUAUCUUUGGCUGGACUCUCCCUGUCUAAAUGUGAAUACCUUGCAGAUGCCAUAAUCGAUUCAUUCCACAACGUCGACUAGAGAAGUUAGCAUUGAUUCAUGGUUAUCUACGGAUGGUGAUUCUGAUUCUGAAAAUUUUUGGCAUUGUUCAGCUGUUCACUGCAGCGCUUCUAGUGUCAAAAUUAGUUCGUCCAUCAAAAGUUAACGUGUAGUUAAAUAAUACAGAACACAAAAUUUUGUUGACGUCAAAUUUGAACUGUGAUAAAUAAAGCUUAGUUCUCUUUUUCCGAGGCGAAAAAGGGUUUCAGUGC